AUGUUCACUCCGGGAAAACAAGGUUAUGAAAAUAUGCCAGGAUGGGAUCCACCAACCAAAAAUCCCAAUGCUGUUGAUGGCUAUCGUAUUUUCUACCAUGAAGCGGCCAUAAUUAGUAACGAUGUGACAUCUAGCGAAACAAUAAAUGGCGGUGCUGGUGUUAACGGUGCUGCUGCUGUUCUCGAGCCAACAAUGCUGAAUAAUAAUGCAACAAGCAUGCCAAUGGGAGGUGGUGGUGGUAAUAUCACGGCACCACCACUAAGUGGCAGUGAGAUGAGACGCAUUGACGUCAAGGAAACCAGUGUGAAUAUAGAUGGUCUCACAAAGGAUGUCUUAUACGAGUUGGUUGUGAAAGCUGGCAAUACCUAUGGUGCCAGUGUUUUAACGGAACCGAUAAAAUUCACACUUGGCGAGCAUCAUGUUACCUCCGCGACAACAUCAUACUCGAAUGCUGUGGGCACGAUAAGCGGCAUCGUUGCCAGCAUUUUGGCGGUGCUGUUAGCAGCCGCCGCCAUUAUUUUCUGCAGACGACAUCGAGCAAAUGGUAAGGCAGCCACUGGAGUGGCAUUUGAGAAUCCAACAUACACUCGAGGUUUAGAACAAGUACAG